AUGUUCUCCCAAGCUUCUGGUUCAGUCUCUAUGAACGUCGCUGGUCCACCACUGGCAUUCGGUAAUCGGACAUCCCUCAUUGUUUCCGAUGGCUACAUGAACCUGUAUUCUCCAACCUCCUGUUUAUAUGACGAGGAUUUUUGCACCAGAGGAUUUUCUGUUGCAUUGUGGUUAAAGAUCGAGUCGUUGUCUAAUACUGCAAGUUACUAUCUCACUGGUGGAAAGGCAAGCGAAGGAUUUGCUAUUUAUUCUCCACUGCAAGCAGGUAGGUGGAAUUGAGUGAGAUUAUAUUUUGUACAUGUAAUACAUAACCUGAGUGAACUAAUUUAAGGUGGCUCGAUAUAGUUAUAUCACAAAAGCCCUGCUCAAGAAUCGCGAACAAAACCGGGUGACCAUUUUUACGCGCUGGUCGCGGAAACGGAUUAACGAAAUGAAAGAAGUUGCAAAAUGACCUGACGUGAGCAGUUGCUCGCUCCAUCAUUGCGCGUGUUCUAUAGCGUUUUAUGUCAAUUGCUGACGUCAUUAGAAUUUUCUAUUUUAGAAAACCAAUGCGCUAUAUCUUUCCAUUUUGUUUGGUAAACUAUGUUCAAAUUUGUAGUUUCAACAUGUUAAAGUGUUGAACACCUGAAUUUUUGAAAAGUGAAUCGAGCCUCCUUAAAGUGCCUAUGACACGAAAUUUCACCCCAAAGGUUUAUGGUUGCAUUGUAAACAUCACUUAAAAUGACUUAAUAAUUUCUUUUAUAGAAUUUUGGUAACUUGCUCCCUUUUCAAGAUAUUCAACUUUGUUUCAUAUGCACAUCGCAUAAUGAGUUUUCAGAAAAGUAUAGUUUUCUUGACGAAUAAAUAUCUAAAAAACUUUAAAAUUGACCUUCUAUAUGUAUUAAUGUCAUAACUGGUAAUUAACCCUCUGUAUUUGUUUGUAAAAAUAUUUUAUCAAGGUAAAAUAUUGCGUUUUCAAAAUGUCAUGAUGUGAUGUGAUGUGAUGUGAUGUGAUGUGAUGUGAUGUCACACCGGUGAUAUUUGCAUAUGAAACAAAGUUGAAUAUCUUGCAAAGGAAGCAAGUUACCAAAAUUCUAUAAAAGAAAUUAUUAAGUCAUUUUAAGUAAUCUUUACAAUGCAAUCAUAAACAUUUGGGGUGAAAUUUCGUGUCAUAGGCACUUUAAGGCCCGUUUACAUUUGCAAUUUUUGCUGCGAUUUCUAGUGCAAUUUUCUCUUCUGAUGGAUGUGAAUGAGUAAAUAGAUUAUGAAUCUUCUGAGAAUAUGUACCCUCAUCUAAACCGGCACUUUUAACUCCUCCACUCUUCUGUAAAAACAGAUUGGUUGAAAUGACCAAUUUAAAUUGGUUGUCUUAGACGCAUCUGUUUUUGGCCAAUUUUAUUUGGUCAAAACAACCAUAAUCAGUAUUGGUUGUUUUAACCAUUUUUUUGAGUUGUUUUAACCAAUUUGUUGGUUGUAUUAGCCAUAAUAAAAAUUGGAUAAAUUAAUGCGUCUGAGACAACCAAUUUAAGUCGGUCAGAAAAUCGGGCCUUUAAAGUUCAGGACUGUAUAGCUCUAUGUCUCUUCUACCAAGAGAGGUAGAUGCUAAGGAAUCCCUCAGAAAAGAUAGGUAGACACAGUAGGUAGAAUCCCUGAGAAAUCCCUCAAAAUUCAGAAAAAUCCUAUGGAACCCCUCAAAAUCUUCUUUUCCUGCAUGGGGCCUUAAAAUAACAAACAUGUAAAAUACUGUAUAAAUUACUAGAAACAAAAUUUAUGCAACUUACAAUUGCUUGCGUGAACAUUCAGUUCAAUACGCCCCUUACAUGAAUACCAUGCAUGCAGUAUAAAUCAAAACGAUGUGUGAUUGGAUGGCAUGCAUCGAGAACAGUGUGAUUUUCAAAAAAUGUAACGACAAUAAAAAUUGCCGACCACUGAAUCGUGACUGCAUGAUUGUAGUACAGAGGCCUUUGUCGGUAUCAGACGAGCAACGAGGGAGUCUUUCCCUUUUUUGCACUAGAUCAUGGAGUACCGUGAGCUCCCAGCAGUGGCGUAGCCAGCUCGAUAAGUGUGGGGGGGGGGGGCAUAUUCAUAUUUUGGUUUUUUCACGCAAACUUACAUUUAAAAAAAAACCCAGCCUUUUGCAUGCUUAAUUAAUGCAUUUGCAUAAUGUGGAUUAAUUCACUUAUUCACCAAUAGCGACGCCAUCUUGAAUCAUGAUGCAUUAUGGGUUAUCCAGGGUAAAAAUCCGAAUUCAAAAGCCUUUAAUGUCGUAUUGAGACACAAUACGAUAAUUUUUUUUAUAAACACUUUCUUGAGGACAAUGGGCAGUGUAAAUCAAUUUUAUGCGCACUUUGUUGAAAUUAUUUACCUUUUUAGGCCUAACAAACUAUAGAUUUUAUCCUGAUUUCCCAGCUUUUGUGUGUUUUCCUAGUUCUUCUAAAAAUUGUCUGUUAUUUUCAACUAUAAAAACGUGUCUUUUCGCCUACAUAUUUGAUUUACAGCCCUUCAAAAACGUUCAAUUACCCUGGAUCACCCAUAAUGCAUUGCGUUAAACGCGAAAUUCAAGAUGGCGUCGCUAUUGGUGAAUAGGUGAAUUAAGCAUGCAAAAGGUUGAUUUUUUAGGAAAAACUGAUAUAUAUAUAUAUAUAUAUAUAUAUAUAUAUAUAUAUCUAUCUAUCUAUCUAUCUAUCUAUAUAUAUAUAGAUAGAUAGAUAGAUAGAUAGAUAGAUAGAUAGAUAGAUAGAUAGAUAGAUAGAUAGAUAGAUAGAUAGAUAGAUAGAUAGAUAGAUAGAUAGAUAGAUAGAUAGAUAGAUAGAUAGAUAGAUAGAUAGAUAGAUAGAUAGAUAGAUAGAUAGAUAGAUAGAUAGAUAGAUUGAUUGAUUGAUUGAUUGAAAUCUUUAUUUAAAUACGGUGGUUUUAUCAAAUGGAAUAAAUAAUAAUUAUUUACAAUUUGUUCUUCCUAAAAGCCGUGUAUAAUUUACGAUAUACGUACAUUUUUACAUUUUUUUUUUGGAAUUUUUGAAAGAAAAGAGACUAUUUACAAUUAUUCAUAGAAUAAUAACUGACUAUGUUGGUGCAGAUAGCAGAUGUUCUAAUCUUUUUAUGAAUCUUUUUAAUGAAGGUUCAUGUUUAAGUUCGUCUGGUAAAGAAUUCCAUAGCUUUGCUCCAGUGAAAGCAAAACUUGAAUUAUAAUAAUCUGUUCGAUUUACAGGAAGCUCGAAAUUUAAUUUGGAUUGACGAAGGCUAUAAUCAUUUAAGCUACUAUGAAAUGUAAACAUUUCCGUUAAAUAUUCUGGUGCAAGACCAUGUGCUAUUUUAUACAUCAUAAUAGCUUUUUGUUUUUCUCGCAUUUCUUUUAUAUUCAUCCAGUUUAAUUCCGCCAAAAUCAACGAAGAUGAUUUUAAUAAGGGUGCUCCCGUAAUUAUGCGCGCCGCUCUGUUUUGAAGAACUUGCAAUUGUUUUUCCAAUGUCUCACUUAUAUUGUCCCAAACAAUUGAACAGUAAAUAAAAUAGGGUUCAAUUAAUGCUCUAUACAGAGACACAAGAUUUUUCCGACUAAAGAGUUUCUUCACUUUACGGAGGGCUGCAAUAUUACGGGAUACCUUUAAACGGAUGCUCUGGAUGUGUAUUUCCCAUGUUAAGUUCUCGUCAAUAUCGACACCUAAACACUUUACAGAUCUAACUUUACUUAAUGUCACAUUAUCAGCCGAUAAUACUAUUGAAUCGUCAAGCGCCGAUAAUUUUGUCGUGAGCCAAUUAGCAUAAAAUCUGUUUUUAGGACAUUUAGCGUCAAUUUAUUAGAACAAAGCCAUUGAAAUAUGUUGUUUAGAUCACUUGUCAUUUGCUCUUGAAUUGAUUUAAUGUUACAACCUGUAAAGGUCAUAUUUGUGUCGUCGGCAAAUAGUCUGGCAAUACUGUGGUCCAGGCAUUUCGGUAAAUCAUUUAUAUAUAACAAGAAUAAGACUGGACCAAGAAUGGAGCCCUGUGGUACUCCACAUUUGAUGAAGUCCUUGUUAGAAUAGACUCCAUUUACAUGGCAGACCUGUUGCCUAUCAUUCAAAUAUGAUCUAAACCACAAUAAACUUUGAUCAUCGACACCAUAGCAUGCUAAUUUCAUCAAUAAAAUUUCAUGGUCAAUGGUAUCAGAUAGAUAGAUAGAUAGAUAGAUAGAUAGAUAGAUAGAUAGAUAGAUAGAUAGAUAGAUAGAUAGAUAGAUAGAUAGAUAGACAGAAGGAAAGGCGAACUCCAGACAGAUCAAUAAUAAUGUUGUUUUAUUACAAACGUUUCGCCAAAACAGGCUUCAUCAGUGUAAAAAGUUAAAAACACAAGGAUAUAUAUAUAUAUAUAUAUAUAUAUAUAUAUAUAUAUAUAUAUAUAUAUAUAUAUAUAUAUAUAUAUAUAUAUAUAUAUAUAUAUGUAUACAUACAUACAUACAUACAUACAAAUAACAACAAAAAAUAAUAACAAAAACUUGAUACCACGAGCUGUUUGAGAGCAAUUUCUUUGAGAGCAAUUUCAAAUCUGUUCAGUUUUUGUAUACACCCUCGAUCUAUAUAGAAUGCUCAAGGAAAUAAAAUUUAUUUCAUAUCUGUUUAGUUUUUUUAUACACCCUGUAUAUAGAAUGUUCAAGGAAAUAAAAUUUAUUUCAUAUCUGUUUAGUUUUUUUAUACACCCUGUAUAUAUAGAAUGCUCAAGGAAAUAAAAUUUAUAGUCGCCUUUGUCUUAGAGUAAAAAUGCUUCGUUGACGUUGUGAACACGACUUCAUUGACGUUGCCGUUGUAUAAUAGGCUAACUUUCCAACAAAGAGCCUUCGUCUCUAUCGCGAAACGUCAAAGUUAUAAUUAAAUUGGGUUAAUUAUUACGAAUUAAAAAAUGAGGUAUUGAGUUUAUAUAAUCAGCCAAACCUAAUUGUAUCAGAUAUACAGGCUCUUCACGAUCAUGAUUUCUUAUACUAACAUUGACAUCCCAAUCCUGCUUUCUUUUGCUAAUUUUGCUUCUUUCUUAAUGUUAUAUCAUUAAUUAAUAAUGUUAACCAUUUUGUUUUUACGGCAGAGAGUGAAUCUAACGCUGAUCUUGGAAUUGGCAGCUACCGCUUACCAGAUAAAUCGUUCACGGCAUCCAGUUACACUGAAGAUGGACAACCGCAUUUUGUCAGGAUGUCAUUAGGUAAACACACUGUUGAUUUUAAUGAAUUUGAAUUAUCUUAAUCUUAAUGUUAAUGUCAGCUAAACUGUUCAAAUCUUAAUAUCAGCUAAAUUGUCAGUGUCACAAUCAUUGGGCAUUCAUUAGGCAUUCCAAUUAGUCAGUGCACGUUGAGAACCACAAAUGACGACCGGAAAUUAACCCGUAAAAUGACCAUGUUGCUGAGUAUAACAAGGGGGGAUUUCGUUCUGGACCAAUCAGCGCAUUUGUUGACAAUUUCGCUCUAAGCCAAUCAGAAUUCGUAAUUGGUUAUUGUAGGAGUUCCUGCGAGCACAGAAAGCCCACUUCCGGUAAAAACGUACAUUUGAACAGGAAAUAUAGGGUCUUAAAUAAAGCUUCGAGGGGGUCAGGAUUAUUAAUUUUUUGAUUGGAUUCAACGUGACAAGGUAAAAAAAUAAUAAUUUUUUUAAAAAUUUGCCGCUGGGAUUCGCGUUUUAUUUCAAAAUUAUCGACAUUCGAACUUACGCGCUUUUUAUACGCCGCUAUUCGUAUGCCGAUAACUUUUUACUAGGCAAUAAGACGCAAAUCCCAGCGGCAAAUUUUUAGAAAGUUUCUUAUUUUACCUUGUCACGUUAAAUCCAAUAAAAAAAUUUAAAAUCCUGACUCCCUCGAAGCUUUAUUUAAGAUUCUAUAUUUUCUGUUCAAAUGUAUGUUUUUACCGGAAGUAGUAACCAAUUACCAUUCUGAAUGGCUUAGAGCGAAAUUGUCAACAAAUGCGCUGAUUAGUCGAGAACGAAAUUCCCCCUUGUUUUGCUGAGUAUUCAUUGCAUGACAUCGUGGACUCAGUCACAAAUUUUCGCGUGCUUUUUUUGACAGUUUUACUUGAUCUAUUUGCAGCAAAGUAAGGCUCAAAUUAUAAGUUUAAAAUAUUUUUUUGCAUUAUUCCUGAGUCACCUAAUAAUGAUUUGACGCCUUUUGCCUCUGCUUAACCUCAAAAUUCUACCAAUAAAUUAAACAUUUUGCGGACUAUAUCUUGAAAUAAUUUUAAUUUAGUAUAGUUCGCGGCCUCGUUGAUAAUCUGGUGUUUGAUUCGGAGGUUUUGGUAUGACAUCUGGAUCAGUAUUUUAAGAGAAAUUUGAGUGAGGGAGAACGUUGACGAAAUUCUAUGUUAAUUACGAUUACAUAAUUAUCCAGUUGAUUUCUUUUCUUCACGGUUCAUUAAUCAUUCAUUAGUUUGAAAUUAUAGUAUAAAAUUUACUUUUCAGUUGCAUGGAGUACAAUAUUUUAUCAAUCUUUAAAACAUCUCUUUUUUGCUGGCCUAGUUUUCUUUUUUAAAAACUGUACACCCAUACACGUAGGUUUUGUUCACCCAAUGUAUUAUUUCAAAGUUUUUCUCUUUAAACUAAAUUGAUCUAAAAGUCAACGAAUUUUGUUUUUUUACUGAAUAGUUCUGUAAGUAUCUGUUCCGCUUCUUAACUGUUGUCCCAAUAGACGUCCAAUUAGAUAUACCCUUGUUUAUCAUAGCUGUAGGCCUAUCUGUUUUUUUUAUAUCAUAUGAUUGUAAAGUUAAUUAGUAAAAAAAAAGUCAUCAAGGAGAGAGCUCGCAAAUAUUAGAAUAAAAAGAUUGACAAACGUUAAACGUCAUAAUGAAGUGUUAAUAGUGUACAUUUUCCUGUGAACGUUUGUUAGACACAAAUACGUUUAAUAUUGUAUCUCUCUGAAAACGACAGAGUUCCGGUUCCGGCCAUGCCUUUUUUAAUUAGUUCCGGCCGGAACCGAAACUCUGAAAAAUUGGGGUUCCAGCCGGAACCGGAACUCUGAAAAAUUGGGGUUCCGGUCGGAGCCGGAACUCUGAAAAACUGGGGUUCCGGCCGGAACCGAGUUCUGGAUCACCCCUAAAGCCGGUUUUACACUACGCCCGUAUCGAAGCGAAACGUACUGGUGAGCAUGCGCAGAUUGAAAAGAGGUUUAUAAAUCCACGUACUUCCGGGUGUAUUCGUGUAUCAAAAUAAAAAACGUUUAAAAACGUUUUUGAUACGUUUCGGUACGGUACGCUUCAAGUGGAAAACCGGCUUAAAGGCCGUUUUCUACUUCAAGCGUACCGUACCGAAACGUAUCAAAAACGUUUUUGAAUUUCAAAAUUUCGUGAAUGUUCGUUGGUUAGUACUUCCAUAGUACGCCAAAAAGUUGACUUGCGACGAACUGACUUUGAUACGCGAAUACACCCGGAAGUACGUGGAUUUAUAAACCUCUUUUCAAUCUGCGCAUGCUCACCAGUACGUUUCGGUACGAUAUGGGCGAAGUGGAAAACCAGAUUAAGUCCCUUCUCACAUACGACUGAAGCGAAAUUAUAACCUGCAGAUAACUGCAUAUUGCAGAAAUCGAAUCCCCGUUCGUAGAGGCGAAAAGUACAUUCAUUAUCCAUUGUGCUACCUAUAUUAAUAGUUCUUUGUUUUAUAUCGUGUCACUUGCAUGUUGUUUAUUUUAGGCGGAUGGAUAAGCAGCGUUUCUGAUGCAAAUCAAUACCUUCAAAUCGAUUUCUUAACCAUAAUGAAAUUCAAUGUGUUGCAAAUGCAAGGCAAUGCAGAUUUGGAUGCUUUUGUGAAGAAAUAUAUGCUAGCAGAAAGUGAAAAUGGCCUCACGUGGACUACAAUGAAAACCAGUUUAGGAGCUGAUAAGGUUGGUAAACUGGAGACGUUUUUAUCAAGGUGA